AUGCAGGUGGAGGAAGCCAAGAUCUUGCUCGGUUUUCCUCCCAAUUCUCGUCCCGAUCCUUCUCAGGUUAAAGCAGCUUACCGGAAGAAAGUAUGGGAGUCACAUCCUGACCUAUUUCCAGAUGAUCAGAAGAUCAAAGCAGAGUCUAAGUUCAAAUCGAUAUCUGAGGCUUACUCUUGCCUUGAAUCUGGUGAUGUUAAAGGUCAACGAUAUUCCAGAGCAGGUGUGUAUUCGAGGGUGGUCAAGACUGGAGUCCCACGGACAUAUGCAUAUGCCAAAAGAGGUAACGCGUGGUUGAUCGGUGCACCUUUCCUUUUGAUCGUCCUUGGAACCAUCGGCCUUGGUGGAGUCAAAGCUAACAGGGCAUAUAAUAUGCAAAAACAGACGUUCCCGUCUCACAAUCCUUUCCUUCCUUGA